AUGCUGGCGUCGGCCGCUAGGAAUGGGCCCGGCCACGGCGCCCAGCCGGCUGCCUAUGGCGGCGGGCCCGCGCCUCCAGCUGGCACCUUUACCCCGGGCACAAAGAUCCAGGUCGGCAGUCACCGAGUCGUCAUACAAAAGUACCUCUCCGAGGGCGGCUUCGCACACGUAUACCUGGUCAAGCUGCCGCAGCCCGUGAGCGGGACCGACCUCGCCGUGCUCAAGCGGGUGGCCGUGCCCGACAAGGAGGCGCUGCGUGGCAUGCGCACUGAGGUCGAGACCAUGAAGCGCCUCAAGGGCCACCGCGCCAUCGUCACAUAUAUCGACUCGCACGCCUCGGAGCUGCGUGGUGGCGGCUACGAGGUCUUUUUGCUGAUGGAGUACUGCGACGGCGGCGGCCUCAUAGACUUUAUGAACACGCGGCUGCAGCACCGCCUGACGGAGCCCGAGAUCCUGAACAUCUUCACCGACGUGGCCGAGGGCGUGGCCUGCAUGCACUACCUGAAGCCGCCGCUGCUGCACCGGGAUCUCAAGGUCGAGAACGUGCUCAUCACCAUGUACGGUUCGGUGCGCAAAUUCAAGCUCUGCGACUUUGGCUCCGCUGCCCCGCCCCGUCCCGCCCCGACCACAGUGGCAGAGUGCCGGGCCACUGAUGAGGACGUGCAGAAGCAUACGACGAUGCAGUACAGGAGCCCGGAGAUGACGGAUGUAUAUAGGAAGCAGCCGAUCGACGAGAAGUCGGAUAUCUGGGCGCUGGGGGUUCUGCUCUACAAGCUCUGCUACUACACCACUCCCUUUGAAGACCAGGGUCAGCUGGCCAUUCUCAAUGCUAGCUACAAGUACCCCAGCUAUCCGGUAUUCUCGGAUCGCUUGAAGCAGCUCAUCGCUGCAAUGCUCAAGGAAAACCCCCAAUCACGCCCUAAUAUAUACCAGGUUCUCAAGGAAGGGUGCGCAAUGCAAGGCAAAGAACCUCCAAUCAAAGACAUCUACUCCGGAAAGCCACGAACAACUCCCCAGACCAGCUCCAGGCCGACGGCGGCGGAUCAGCCUUCGCACGCCCCCGUAGUUGGGGCAUCUUUUGCUCCAGCAGCAAAACAACAGCAGGCCAUACCAGAAAUUGCGCCCAUGAGACGAGGCAGACCGACAGCUGCGACCACUCUCCCAACUCAGCCAGGCGCAUCCCCGUCGAGCAAACCUAAGCCGAGCCCAUCACCCAUGAGAAUCACGAAUGGUGACCCGUUCGCCGCGCUCGACAGCAAAACAGCAGGCGUUCCUGGAAAAGGCGACGAGCUUUCGUCGAGAUUUCCCACGCUUGACCAGUUUUCACUUCUUCAUGACCAUGGCUCAAAGUUCAACUUUGAUGAUUCCUCAUCGCCCGAAACGUCGAGGAGGGACAUUGGCCAAAGGAUUACCGAAAGAUUGGCAGACGACGCUUUUGCGCGCUCGAGUUCUCCUGAGAAGCAGUCACAACAACCGCCUCAAGCUGCCUAUACCAACAAUCCGGCAAUAGUCUCUCCACCCAUACAUUCAGCCUCGGCGCCUCCUAGGACAAACGACAUGAGCCGUGCCUCGGCCAUUAUUGCGCAGACUCCCGAGCUGCAGGCUAUUGCCUCGCCCGAACUUAAACAGCAGUCUCCUCCCAAGCCAAAGCCGGCGAUGGUAUCUACAGGGACGAUGACGACCACGCCACCGUCAGAACGGCCGCCGCAGUUCCAGUCCUAUCAGCGGUAUCCAGACCGCUCCUCCAGCAUGCCCAAGCCGAAGGAAACAGAGAAUCUUGGCCAAUCGCCGAGCGACCCGAGCGCUGCCAGAGUGUCUACAUAUCCCCCCGUGUCGACCCACGUGCACAAUUCUUCCUCUUCGCGACCGUCGUUAGAAGGAGGACGCCCGAGCUUAGAUAUGUUAGAUGCAGCCUAUCGGACCACGUCGCAGAGCUCACGACCCAGGCCAGUCAGCACGUAUAUGGAGUCCAACCUGGAGUAUCUACGCGAAAAAGAGAAAUCGACCAAGCCGAGUCCCUCUCCGGGCUUAUCAUCUGGUAGGAACUCGGCAUUCAUGUCGCCUCCGCCGCCAGAACCUUCGGAAGAGGCAAAUAUUGCUUCGAACGUGGACUUUUUACGGUCCAUGGAGGAAUCGGAUUCCAAGAAAACGAGCAAGCAAGGAAAGCGAUCCAGCCUGACUUCAUUAUCGUCGGGAACGAAGAACAUCUUUGCUGGCAAGUUCAGCGAUGCGUUUAAACGGUUCGAGCACAACAACAACAAUAACAACAGUGCACCACCCCCAGCAAGAACGCCGUCACCCUUGAAAAGCCUCGGUCGACACCACGACCUGACACCAAUCGCAGGAUCCGAGGCGACAGAUGGCAGGUCUGAUGACGGGCAGGUUCUCGAGGAGACAGAUGACAUGACCCCAGAGAUGCGGCGGGAGGUCGAGCGCCGGCGACUCUCUGAAGAAGAAAGGAGGGUCGCGGCAGCCGGUGCAGAGUACCGAAAGCGGCUGGCCGACCGCGAACCUGGGGCUGCGCAAGCGGGGCUCCCCAAAAGCAUUGGUGGUGUUUCUCGCGCCGUUUCGAUCCAAAACAAGGUGCAAAACUUGCUGGACGAGACGCAGAAGGCGGCCAAUGUCACGCGGACCGCCCAGGGUUACGGCCACUUUACUGAGUCGUCCGCCCAGGAACUGGAAAGGCCUGAAAUCCCACGAAAACCCGUGGGCGGUGUGAUGCGAAGCAAUGUUGGACUUGGGAUGGGGCUCGAGACGAAACGGGCGGCACCGCCAGUGGGCAUGAAGCCCGAUGUGCGACAGGUCUCCCUGGUACCGAGCACGAGCGGGAGACCCACCGCUCCUCCAAAGCCCACACAUCUUUACAAAAACCUUACCAGCGGUGGGGGGAGGCCCAUGUCGCCGCCGAAACCAAGCUCACUAAACAAGCCGCUUCCUCACAGGCCUCCUUUGGGGCAGCAGGAACAACUGAUGGCUCCCAGUCUUCCUGGACAACCGGUGCUUGACAUGACGGCACAGGAGAAGGAUGACUACCUGAACGACUUCCAGAAGCGAUUCCCUAGCCUGGGCGCGAUCGAGAUGGUGGAGCGGGACCUGGGUGCGGAAGCUGCCGGCGGAAGGGACCGGGAACGUUGA